AUGGGCUCCCUCCUCAGCAAAGCUACCUCGAAACACUCCUCAAACCCUGAAAAGUCCACCAUGGCACCAGCAACAUUCACUCACUAUCCCUCCGCGCAAACCACCUUCCAACCACCCCUAAUCGCCAACGAAAACGCCUUCCUAGGUGACAUUGCGACCUCCGAGCCCCUCGACCCCACUGCCCCCAUUUCUGCCGGCUUCUAUCGCCUCGAGAAGGGAACGCCGUUGGUCUAUGAGUAUACAUAUCACGAGAUGAAGAUUAUUGUUGAUGGGGAGUUUGAAAUCAGUGACGAGACGGGGAAGAAGGUGCAUGCGAAGAAGGGUGAUGUUUUCUAUUUUGAGAAGGGGAGUAAGAUUACUUUUACGACGGAGACUUUUGGGUUGGGGUUUUAUGUUGGGCAGAGGAAGAAGGAUACUGCAUGA